AUGAUCUACCCGGUCCGGGGGCUGCGGAGACAAAGAUUGUGGUUGCUCGGCAGAGGAAACCAGACAAAAGCUGUUCUAGAAUCAGUAUCUGAAAAUGACAGUCUACAUUCUGGUCGUCAAACUGGAAAAUUUAUGGUUGCUGAGCCGCCGCUGCCGCCACCGUCUGUAGACCAUUUAGAAUCUGCAGCUUCGGUUCCUACGUCAGAAUCUGCCUCAAAUGUCAAGGGUAUACAUUCUGCCUUCGAAGAUGCUCAUGAAGCUUCUCAUUUGUCAAACCAAUCGGUUAGUGGUGGCCCCCGCGGCCUCGAGACGUUGCCAUACGAUACUGCAGAACUGAGUGAGUUGUCGAAAAGCCACGAGGAUCUCCCAGUUCUCGUCACCAGGUCAACUGAAGCCGCAUCCACUAAGCCAUCUGGAUUGUUAGAAAUGCCUUUUCUAGCACCAUCUUUGCAUUUAGAUGAAAUUAAUUCUGCUCAAAAUAACAUUUCGUGA